AUGGUCCGUUGCGCUGGUGAUUUGAAAAAUUGCCAUGUGAUCGAAGUUGGCCCUGGACCUGGUGGGAUUACGAGAGCAAUUCUUGAAAAGCCCUGUCUUCGCUUGGAUGUUGUUGAAUUGGAUAGACAAUUUAUUCCAGCAUUAGAGCAUCUUAAGCACCAUGCACAGGAUAGAAUGUUUAUUCAUCGGGGUGAUAUAAUGCAAACAGAUGUUGGAGGAAUUUGGGAAGAAGCGGGUGCUAAUAAAUGUGAUUGGAUGGAUCAGAAUCCGCCAUUUAGUCUAAUUGGAAAUUUGCCAUUUCAUAUUUCUACUCCACUUAUAAUAAAGUUAAUGAGGGCAAUAAGUGACAGAACUGGGCCUUUCGCUUUUGGACGUGUUCCAAUGAUGUUUUCCUUUCAACUAGAAGUUGCAAAAAGAAUGGUUGCGCCAUUAGGAAGUGAUUUCCGUUCUCGUAUUGGCCUAACUUGCCAAAACUGGGCUGUACCAAAAAUUAUGUUUGAUAUACCUGGAAAAUGUUUCACGCCUCAACCAGAAGUCAGUGUUGCGUUUGUGCGAUUGACGCCAAGGUUAGAGCCACAAAUCCCUGUUGCAUUUGAGGUCUCCAAUAAGGUUUUUCGCGUUCUUUUCCAUUUGAGGAGAAAAUACCUCAAAAAAGUUGUUAGACUACUCUAUCCAGAACCUAUGCUUGAUGAUAUGGCAGACGAUUUACUUAGGCAUUGCCGUUUGGACCCAACAAUGGUUGUUCCUAUGUUAGAUAUGCAAAAUUUUGCAGAAAUGUGCCUUUUCUAUGAAAAACAAUGCAGAGAAAUGCCUGGUCUUUUUCUUUACGACCAUCGUGAACCUGUUGAAAUGACUGAAUUAGCUAAACAUCCAUUUCCAUUCCCUCCAGUCUAUAGAAGACCUGUUGAUGCAUUAGAAAGGAUAGAAAAUAAAGGAUUAAAUUUAAAUGAAUUUGAUGCAGCAUUUAAAGAAAUAAAACCUUGGAGAAGUAAAAAAGAAAACAAAGAAAAGGAAGAAAGAAGAAGACAAGAUUUAGAAAAUCAAAAUAAUCAAGUUAAUUAUAAUGAAAAUAUUUGA